AGCCUAGGUAAAACCUCAUGGACAACACUGUCUGGAUGGUCAACAGCACUGGAGGGUCAGAUUUUAUCCUGAUGGGACUCUUCAGUCAAUCUAAACACCCAGUUCUUCUUUGUGUGGUCAUUUUUGUAGUUUUCUUGAUGGCCUUGUUUGGAAAUGCUGUCCUGAUCCUUCUGGUACACUCUGACACCCACCUGCACACCCCCAUGUACUUUUUUAUCAGUCAGUUGUCUCUCAUGGACAUGGUGUACAUUUCCAUCACUGUACCCAGGAUGCUCAUGGACCAGGUUAUGGGUGUGAAUAAGAUCUCAGCCCCUGAAUGUGGGAUGCAGAUGUUCUUCUAUGUGACUCUAGUAGGUUCAGAAUUUUUCCUUCUUGCUGCCAUGGCCUAUGACCGCUAUAUGGCCAUCUGCCAUCCUCUCCGUUAUCCUGUCCUCAUGAACCAGAGAAUGUGUCUUUUCCUAGCAUCUGGCUGCUGGUUCCUAGGAUCAGUAGAUGGCUUCAUGCUCACUCCCAUCACCAUGACCUUCCCCUUCUGUAGGUCUCAGGAGAUCCACCACUUCUUCUGUGAGGUCCCUGCUGUAAUGAUCCUUUCCUGCUCAGACACCUCACUCUAUGAGACACUCAUGUACAUGUGCUGUGUCCUCAUGCUCCUCAUUCCUGUGACAGUCAUUUCAAGCUCUUAUUCCUUCAUUUUUCUCACUAUCCGCAAGAUGAUCUCAGCAGAGGGCCAGAAGAAGGCCUUUACCACCUGCUCCUCCCACAUGACUGUGGUCAUCCUUUUCUAUGGGGCUGCCAUCUACACCUAUAUGCUCCCCAGCUCCUACCACACCCCUGAGAAGGACAUGAUGGUGUCUGUCUUUUACACCAUCCUCACCCCUGUGCUAAACCCUUUAAUCUAUAGUCUUAGGAAUAAGGAUGUCAUGGAGGCGUUGAAGAAAAUGUUGAACGUGAGACUUGUCUUUUAGGAAAUUAUAAAGUAGAGAAUUUGGGUACUAAUGAUAUAUUUUCCUUUUCUGUACAC